GACGUCACCGGCUGGGGGGGCGCGCGAUCCGGCGCGAGGGGAGCGCGAGCCGCAGUGAGUGUCCUCGCGCCGCCCGCCCGGCAGCCCGGCCGGCGCGCGCACGCCGGGAGCCGCUGGCGCUCGGGCUCCGCUCGAAUCCCAUGCAACAGCCAGGAUGUGAAGCGGGGCAGAGCCGGGGGAGCCCAGCCCAGCCAGCCUCCAGACGCUGUCCCGUCUGACGCUGAGGCCUCUUCGUGAGGGACCGGGGGGCCCGUCGCCCUCCAGGGCGGAGGUCGGAGGUCGCAGGCGGCUGCCAAGCAUGGUGCCUGCCUGGGGCCCCGGAGUGGCCUCCGUGGUCGGUCCCGUGGGCCUCCUCGUGGUCCUGCUGGUCGGAGGCUGCACGGCAGAAGAGCCCCCCAGGUUCAUCAAAGAACCCAAGGACCAGAUCGGCGUGUCGGGGGGCGUGGCCUCCUUCGUGUGUCAGGCCACGGGCGACCCCAAGCCACGGGUGACCUGGAACAAGAAAGGCAAGAAGGUCAAUUCACAACGCUUUGAGACGAUCGAGUUUGACCAGAGUGCGGGGGCCGUGCUGAGGAUCCAGCCGCUGCGGACACCCCGGGAUGAGAACGUGUACGAGUGCGUGGCACAGAACUCGGUCGGGGAGGUCACGGUCCAUGCGAAACUCACUGUCCUCCGAGAGGACCAGCUGCCCCCCGGUUUCCCCAACAUCGACAUGGGCCCCCAGCUGAAAGUGGUGGAGCGGACGCGGACGGCUACGAUGCUCUGUGCUGCUAGCGGUAACCCCGACCCCGAGAUCACCUGGUUCAAGGAUUUCUUGCCCGUGGACCCCGGCGCCAGCAACGGGCGCAUAAAGCAGCUGCGGUCAGAAAGCACUCCGAUCCGAGGGGCCCUGCAGAUCGAGAGCAGUGAGGAGACGGACCAAGGCAAAUACGAGUGCGUGGCCACCAACAGCGCUGGCGUGCGCUACUCCUCACCCGCCAACCUCUACGUGCGAGGUAGGGAACGCCUCCGCCGCGUGGCCCCGCGAUUCUCCAUUUUGCCCAUGAGCCACGAGAUCAUGCCAGGCGGCAACGUGAACAUCACCUGCGUGGCCGUGGGCUCGCCCAUGCCGUACGUCAAGUGGAUGCAGGGGGCCGAGGACCUGACGCCCGAAGACGACAUGCCCGUGGGGCGGAAUGUGCUGGAACUCACAGACGUCAAGGACUCGGCCAACUACACGUGCGUGGCCAUGUCCAGCCUGGGCGUCAUCGAGGCUGUGGCCCAGAUCACAGUGAAAUCUCUCCCCAAAGCCCCGGGGACGCCUGUGGUGACUGAGAACACAGCCACCAGCAUCACCAUCACGUGGGACUCCGGCAAUCCAGACCCCGUGUCCUACUAUGUCAUCGAAUAUAAAUCCAAGAGCCAAGACGGGCCGUACCAGAUCAAGGAGGACAUCACCACGACGCGUUACAGCAUCGGGGGCCUGAGCCCCAACUCGGAGUACGAGAUCUGGGUGUCGGCCGUCAACUCCAUCGGCCAGGGGCCCCCCAGUGAGUCGGUGGUCACCCGCACCGGCGAACAGGCCCCGGCCAGCGCCCCGCGGAACGUGCAGGCCCGCAUGCUGAGCGCCACCACGAUGAUCAUCCAGUGGGAAGAGCCCGUGGAGCCCAACGGCCUGAUCCGGGGCUACCGGAUCUAUUACACCAUGGAGCCUGAGCACCCCGUGGGCAACUGGCAGAAACACAACGUGGAUGACAGUCUGCUGACCACCGUGGGCAGCCUGCUGGAGGACGAGACCUACACUGUGCGUGUGCUGGCCUUCACCUCCGUGGGCGACGGGCCCCUCUCGGACCCCAUCCAGGUCAAGACGCAGCAGGGAGUGCCCGGCCAGCCCAUGAACUUCAGGGCGGAGGCCAAGUCGGAGACGAGCAUCGGGCUGUCAUGGAGCCCCCCACGGCAGGAGAGCAUCAUCAAAUACGAGCUCCUGUUCCGGGAAGGCGACCACGGCAGAGAGGUGGGGAGGACCUUCGACCCGGCCACAGCGUUCGUGGUGGACGACCUCAAGCCCAACACGGAGUACGCCUUCCGCCUGGCAGCGCGGUCUCCGCAGGGUCUGGGCGCCUUCACCUCCGUGGUGCGACAGCGCACGCUCCAGUCCAAACCGUCAGCCCCCCCUCAAGACGUUAAAUGCGUCAGCACGCGCUCCACGGCCAUUUUGGUAAGUUGGCGCCCACCGCCGCCGGAAACGCACAACGGGGCCCUGGUGAGCUAUAGCGUCCGCUACCGACCGCUGGGCUCGGAGGAUCCGCAACCCAAGGAGGUGAACGGCAUUCCCCCGACCGCCACUCAGAUCCUGCUGGAGGCGCUGGACAAGUGGACGGAGUAUCGCAUCACGACGGUCGCUCACACAGAGGUGGGACCAGGGCCCGAGAGCUCGCCCGUGGUCAUCCGCACCGACGAGGACGUGCCCAGCGCGCCGCCGCGGAAGGUGGAGGCGGAGGCGCUCAACGCCACGGCCAUCCGCGUGCUGUGGCGCUCGCCCGCGCCCGGCCGGCAGCACGGCCAGAUCCGCGGCUACCAGGUCCACUACGUACGCAUGGAGGGCGCUGAGGCCCGCGGGCCGCCGCGCAUCAAGGACGUCAUGCUGGCCGAUGCCCAGUGGGAGACAGAUGACACAGCCGAAUACGAGAUGGUCAUCACAAACCUGCAGCCCGAGACCGCCUACUCCAUCACGGUAGCCGCCUACACCAUGAAAGGCGACGGUGCUCGCAGCAAACCCAAGGUGGUGGUGACCAAGGGAGCAGUGCUGGGCCGCCCCACCCUGUCGGUGCAGCAGACCCCCGAGGGCAGCCUGCUGGCACACUGGGAGCCCCCGGCCGGCACCGCUGGGGACCAGGUGCUGGGCUACCGUCUGCAAUUCGGCCGAGAGGACUCCCCCCUGGCCACGCUGGAGUUCCCGCCCACCGAGGACCACUACACGGCGCCGGGUGUGCAUAAGGGGGCCACGUACGUGUUCCGGCUGGCGGCCCGCAGCCGAGGAGGCCUGGGCGAGGAGGCGGCCGAGGCCCUGAGCAUCCCCGAGGACGCGCCCCGCGGCCACCCGCAGAUCCUCGAGGCGGCCGGCAACGCCUCGGCCGGCACCGUCCUGCUCCGGUGGCUGCCGCCCGUGCCCGCCGAGCGCAACGGGGCCAUCGUCAAGUACACGGUGGCCGUGCGCGAGGCCGGGGCCUUGGGCCCCGCCCGAGAGACCGAGCUGCCGGCAGUGGCCGAGCCGGGCGCCGAGAACGUGCUCACGCUGCAGGGCCUCAAGCCCGACACGGCUUAUGACCUCCAAGUUCGGGCCCACACGCGCCAGGGCCCCGGCCCCUACAGCCCCCCCGUCCGCUACCGGACGUUCCUGCGGGACCAAGUCUCGCCCAAGAACUUCAAGGUGAAGAUGAUCAUGAAGACAUCGGUCCUGCUCAGCUGGGAGUUUCCUGACAACUAUAACUCACCCACACCUUACAAGAUCCAAUACAACGGGCUCACACUGGACGUGGAUGGCCGUACCACCAAAAAGCUCAUCACGCACCUCAAGCCCAACACCUUCUACAACUUUGUGUUGACCAACCGAGGCAGCAGCCUGGGUGGCCUUCAGCAGACGGUCACUGCCUGGACCGCCUUCAACCUGCUCAGUGCCAAGCCCAGCGUGGCCCCCAAGCCCGACUCUGACGGCUUCAUCAUGGUGUAUCUGCCCGACGGCCAGAGCCCCGUGCCUGUCCAGAGUUACUUCAUUGUGAUGGUGCCGUUGCGUAAGUCUCGCGGUGGCCAGUUCCUGGCCCCUCUGGGUAGCCCGGAAGACAUGGAUCUGGAGGAGCUCAUCCAGGACAUCUCACGGCUGCAGAGGCGCAGCCUGCGGCACUCCCGCCAGCUGGAGGCGCCCCGCCCCUACAUCGCGGCCCGCUUCUCGGUGCUGCCACCCACCUUCCACCCGGGCGACCAGAAGCAGUACGGCGGCUUUGACAACAGGGGCCUGGAGCCCGGUCACCGAUACGUCCUCUUCGUGCUUGCGGUGUUGCAGAAGAGCGAGCCGACAUUUGCGGCCAGCCCCUUCUCAGAUCCCUUCCAGCUGGACAACCCGGACCCCCAGCCCAUCGUGGACGGCGAGGAGGGCCUCAUCUGGGUGAUUGGGCCCGUGUUGGCUGUGGUCUUCAUCAUCUGCAUUGUUAUCGCCAUCUUGCUCUACAAGAAUAAACGCAAGGACUCAGAGCCCCGCACCAAAUGCCUCCUGAACAACGCUGACCUCGCCCCCCACCACCCCAAGGACCCCGUGGAAAUGAGACGCAUUAACUUCCAGACCCCAGAUUCAGGCCUCAGCAGCCCCCUCAGGGAGCCGGGGUUUCACUUUGAAAGCAUGCUUAGCCACCCCCCGAUCCCCAUCGCAGACAUGGCGGAGCACACGGACCGCCUCAAGGCCAACGACAGCCUCAAGCUCUCCCAGGAGUAUGAGUCCAUUGAUCCAGGCCAGCAGUUCACAUGGGAACAUUCCAACCUGGAGGUGAACAAGCCCAAAAACCGCUACGCCAACGUCAUCGCAUACGACCACUCCCGCGUCAUCCUGCAGCCCAUCGAAGGCAUUGUGGGUAGCGAUUACAUCAAUGCCAACUAUGUGGACGGCUACCGGAGGCAGAACGCGUACAUUGCCACACAGGGGCCGCUGCCCGAGACCUUCGGCGACUUCUGGCGCAUGGUGUGGGAACAGCGCUCAGCUACCAUCGUCAUGAUGACGCGGCUAGAGGAGAAAUCACGGAUCAAGUGUGAUCAGUACUGGCCCAACCGGGGCACGGAGACGUAUGGCUUCAUCCAGGUGACGCUGCUCGACACCAUCGAGCUGGCCACGUUCUGCGUUCGGACCUUCUCUUUGCACAAGAACGGCUCCAGCGAGAAACGCGAGGUGCGGCAGUUCCAGUUCACGGCGUGGCCGGACCACGGGGUGCCCGAGUACCCGACGCCAUUCCUGGCUUUCCUGCGGAGGGUGAAGGCCUGCAACCCGCCAGACGCGGGCCCCGUGGUCGUGCACUGCAGCGCCGGCGUGGGCCGCACGGGCUGCUUCAUCGUCAUCGACGCCAUGCUGGAGCGGAUCAAGCCGGAGAAGACGGUGGACGUGUACGGCCACGUGACCCUCAUGCGGUCCCAGCGCAACUAUAUGGUGCAGACCGAGGACCAGUACAGCUUCAUCCACGAGGCCCUGCUGGAGGCCGUGGGCUGCGGCAACACGGAGGUGCCCGCCCGCAGCCUCUACGCCUACAUCCAGAAGCUGGCCCAGGUGGAGCCCGGCGAGCACGUCACCGGCAUGGAGCUCGAGUUCAAGCGGCUGGCCAACUCCAAAGCCCACACAUCCCGCUUCAUCAGUGCCAAUCUGCCUUGUAACAAGUUCAAGAACCGCCUGGUGAACAUCAUGCCCUAUGAGAGCACACGGGUCUGCCUGCAGCCUAUCCGUGGUGUGGAGGGCUCCGACUACAUCAACGCCAGCUUCAUCGACGGCUACAGGCAGCAGAAGGCCUACAUCGCGACGCAGGGGCCGCUGGCGGAGACCACGGAGGAUUUCUGGCGUGCGCUGUGGGAGAACAACUCCACCAUCGUGGUGAUGCUGACCAAGCUGCGGGAGAUGGGCAGGGAAAAAUGUCACCAGUACUGGCCUGCCGAGCGCUCCGCCCGCUACCAGUACUUCGUAGUGGAUCCGAUGGCGGAAUACAACAUGCCUCAGUAUAUCCUGCGGGAGUUCAAGGUCACAGACGCCCGGGACGGGCAGUCCCGGACCGUGCGGCAGUUCCAGUUCACGGACUGGCCGGAACAGGGCGUCCCGAAGUCGGGGGAGGGCUUCAUCGACUUCAUCGGCCAAGUGCACAAGACCAAGGAACAGUUCGGCCAGGACGGCCCCAUCUCUGUCCACUGCAGCGCCGGCGUGGGCAGGACGGGUGUGUUCAUCACACUCAGCAUCGUGCUAGAGCGCAUGCGGUACGAGGGCGUCGUGGACAUUUUCCAGACCGUGAAGAUGCUGCGAACCCAGAGGCCAGCCAUGGUGCAGACGGAGGACGAGUACCAGUUCUGUUACCAGGCCGCGCUGGAGUACCUCGGAAGCUUUGACCACUAUGCAACCUAACGCCAUGGUCGCCGCUGGCCCCGUGCCACCGGCCUGGAUGCCUCUGCCCCUGCCGGGUGGGCCCCCGGAGACCUGGACCCCCGGCCGCCAGGGCAGGAGCGGGCAGCGGCCACGUUUCCGCUCGGCCUCCAGGAACGAUGCGGCCCCCCGCAGCCUCGCCGGCCCGGCCACCGCCCCCGGCUACUGUCACAUUCCUCAUUUCCUUCCGAUUCUGAACCGAGAGAUUCCGGGGGUGGGGGGUGGGGGGUGGGGGGUGGGGGGGGCGGUGAGCAAACAGGGGUUCUCCCCGGAACCGGAGGCGGGCAGGGCGGCGAGCUCGAGCCCCGGUCCUACCCCGCCCCCCCCCCGCCCCCGCCCCUGGAGAGCCCUCCUGCCCUGCAGCCUGGUGUGGGGGGUGGGGGGGGGUCCCACCGGGCAAGGGGCACAGGAUUCAGCUUUCUUUUCCAACUCAGUGUAACUGUAUCCAGUGACAUUUCUUUUUUUAAAUAGUGUAUUUUUUUUUUCAUUUUUUUUUAAAGAAGAAACAGAAAAAAAAAAGACUUACCAGUCAACAAAUUUAAAAAGAAGAACUUUGCGUAUUCCUGUUCCGUUCACAGACAGUCUAUUUUUUCACCGUAGAGAACAUUCUCGAGCGACGGCUGUGUUCCCAGGCCUGCGCGUGCGGGGUCGGUCAGCCAGCCCCCAGGGCCGCCUGGCUUCCUUCUCCUGCCGUCGGAAGGUGGGCCUCACUUAAGAACAGAAGGCCCUUUUGCUCCUGGUUUCUUCCCUUUUUUUGCAUUUUUCUUUUUUUUUCUUUUCUUUCUUUUUUUAAUUCUGAAACAUAUCAAGGACCGUUCUGAGGGUGGGGCAGCGGGGGGACUCCGGCCCACCAGCGUCAGGUUCAAACCCACCGGGGUGGGUGCUGCCUCCGAGGAGAGGGCAGCGACCCCCCACCCCCACCCCGCCGCCUGAGCCCCAGCCGUCUCCUGCCCUUGUGGAGGGGGGACUGGACAAAACGGGGGGGGGGGGUGUCCCAUUUCUUCUGGGAGAGAGAGACCAUGUUCUGCGCGGAUCAGGGACCCUUUCCCUCUGGGACUACGGGGCAGAAGACUGGGAUUCCCCCCCCCACCCCCGAGAAAGUGAGUUUUUCUCUUUGUAUAAGAGUGGGUCAGCCGUCGCUUUCAACACUGUUUAUUCAAACGGAAGCAGCUGGGUGGUUUUCCCACCUCUGCGUAUGUAGAUAUAUCGACUUUGUAUUAAAGGAAGAUCGUCUGA